AUGGAGUACCUAUCAAGGAAGUUGGGGAUGCUACAGAAUGACAGAUUUUUUAUGUUCCAUCCAAAGUGUAGACAGCUCAAAAUUACACACCUAAUAUUUGUAGAUGAUCUUCUCCUAUUUGCCAAGGGUGAUGUUUAUUCUGUGCACAAAUUUUUUCAAUGUGUAAAAGAGUUCAAUGAUGUCUCUGGUCUUGAGGCUAAUCCAGAGAAAUGCUCUGUUUUCUAUGGUGGUGUAGAUGAUUCAGUCAAAUCCUCCAUUAACAACGAUUUGGGUUUCUCUGAAGGUGUUAUGCCCAUUAAGUACUUGGGAGUUCCUCUCACAACCAAAAAAUUGUCUUACAUGGACUGUAAUCCCCUCCUCUCAAAGAUCACAGGACAAUUUCAAAAAUGGUUGAAUCAUGGAAAUCUAUCUUAUACAGGAAGAUUGCAAAUAAUAAAGAGUGUAAUCCUUGGUGUUCAAAUAUUCUGGACAUCAAAUUAUAUUCUUCCAGCCAGUGUUCUCCAGGAAAUGGAUGGUCUAUGCAGGAGAUUCUUGUGGGGGAAAUCAGGUCAAAAUCUCAGAAUUCCUCUGGUUGCAUGGGAGAGAGUGUGA